AUGGUCACCUCCUCCUCCGCAUGUUUGCAAAGGGGUCCAUCCUUGCCUGAUUUAGACCGGUUCAACGUAAAGGUGUGGGACCUGUUCUUAAGGUUCAGUUUGGCGUUAUAUUCCUCUUACGACCAGAAGCCUCCGUCUCCUCUCUCUCGCCGCCGCAACGCGCAAACGCCCGUCGUCGAAAUCGAAGAACCGGCGAUCAAUCCCCUCCCGUCGAUUCCUUCACUCUUCCGCUUCUCGAAUGCCUACGGCACCCGAUUCUCCCUCCAACCACCACUCCCCUCGCGGCGGCGGCGGCGUCGGCGGCGCCGGCAGCCCCCGCUUCCGCCACGGCUGCCUCCCUUCCCCGUGGGCCCAGGUCGUCCGCGGCGAGCAUCCGCCGCCCGCGCCCGCCGAUCAGUCGCCGCCCCCUCCCCGGCCGCCGCCGCCGCGCGGCGGAGCAGCAGCCGCAGCCGCAGCCGCCCCUCCCCGCCGCCGAAGGCGGCCCCGGCGGCGGCUCCCGACGAUCCCGCGGCCGAGGCGGAGGGCUGCGAUGCGAACGAGGGCAAUGCAGGUCCGUCGAGGCCGAGCAAGCCGGCUUGGAAGAAGCCGGCGGCGGCGGCGAGCGACGUCGUGGAGGCUGGUCCCGUGAUGGGGGAUUCCGUGGCUUGGCCUGCUCUGUCCGAGUCUGCUAGAGCUCCGGUCAAAUCGUUAUCCGUCGAAUCGACUCCCAAAGCCGUCCCUAAUGGAUCGGACUCCAGUUCUCAGGGGCCAAUUAUUCCUAACUUACCUGAGAGACAAGGUGGUAGCAGCGGCAAUGGAAGCCCGAGAACAGCACCGAACCGCACGCAGCAGGUUCGUAGAAGGCCGAAUAGACGAGGUGAUGGCACUGGAGCAAGCAACGGCAGUGGGAGUUGGCGACCACAAAGUGGCUUCGCUCCUCCUCCUCCUCCUCCUCCUUCACAACCAUUACCGCGACCAGUCCCUAUGUUUCAAAUGUCUCCAAAUCCUUACGUAAACUUUGUUCGUCCUGCACCGCCAGAUUUUUCCAAUGGAGAGCCUCCUUAUCGGGGGAAUAAUUGGGACAGCAGACCAACUGGAGGUCUUCCAUCUCGGCCACAGGCCAUGAAUGGUCACCCUGAAUCUUCUCAAAGGGUUCAUUCCUCUCGUAAUAAUUAUGGGAAUAGGCGUGAUCAUGACCGUGGAAAUUACCCAGACGCAAGAGGCGUUCGCUCUCAGCCACAUGGUGGUGCUCCAAGGGGCUUCGGGAGGCUUUCACCUCCACCAGUAAACUCUAUGGUGUAUAUGCCGCCACAGCCUAUGAGACCUUUUGGAAUGCCAAUGGGUUAUGCUGAGAUGCCGUCUCAAUAUUAUCCUCCUGCAUUGCAUGUGGAUCCGUACACGGGUUGGCAAUAUGUGGUUCAUACGCCAACCACACCCAUGUUUACGCCCAUGGCUGUACCAGAGAACACUCUGCCUGUGUCUGCCCCUGAGAGCAAUGUGCCUGUAGCCGGGCAUGAGAACACUUUGCCUGCAUCUUUGGUUGAUCAAAUAGAGUACUAUUUCAGUGACGAUAACUUGGUUAAAGACGUUUUUCUGAGAAGAAAUAUGGACGAGGAAGGCUGGGUUUCUAUUGAAAUAAUAGCAAAGUUCAGACGGGUUCAGGAAAGGACCAGAGACGUAAAGUUGAUACUGGAUUCAUUGAAAGCUUCAAGAAUUGUUGAAGUGAGGGAUCGGAAAGUCAGGAGACGUGGUGAUUGGAAGAAAUUCUUCCGAAUUGACGAGCCAAAUAAGCAGGUUGCCAUUGAGACUGAUUCACCUUCCCCUAGCGGAUAUGGUCACAACAAGCUGACAACUGCUUUGGAGAAAUUUACGAUGGAGGAAGCAGUUGUAGAAACAAACAAUAACGUCGCUGGUAGGGCAGAUCUGCACUCUGAGGACGUGUCUGGAAGAAAUUCUUCUGAACUGACAGGCGCAUUGAAACUCCCAAAUGGGGAGGUUACUGAGCAUUCGUCUUCAAGCAAGAAUUGAUGCUUACAGAACCACAAAAAGUAGGCAUAAUGCUAUUGGAAAGGUGCCUCGUCGAGGGUUCUGGAAUGCCAGGUGGACAUCAUCUUCCUUUUAUUUAUAUUAAUCUUUUCCGUCAGAGGCUGAAUGACAGUUUUAUGAGGUGGCUGGAGGAAGCAUAACAAACAUCUACAGGUUUUCUCCACUGAGGCUUAAGAAACUUUGAAUGAAAUGGAAAGAAGAGCUUAAAAGAACUAUAGGUGACUAGGUUGUACAGCUUGUUUUGGUAUUUAGAUUGUUUUGGAUGCUUCUUUGUAUUACCUAUGGUUUUAUGGUACGGUGGAGGACCUGUUUUAAGGUGUUUUCUUGGGGAGUAUUUUUACCUUUUUUGAGAUUCUUAAGUUUCGUUGGUUCAGAUCGAAGUGUAUCCUUUUCAGGGUUGCUGUGGGAUCAAUGUCAUUGAGUUCUGCUGUUACUUGAGCAGGAGUGGGUCUUUUUCUGUACUCAUCUUUUGGCACACCGUUAACAAUACGCGAUUCUUUUAUUGUAGAAAUACCUUCUCCUUUUGAUCA